AUGUCGACACGACGACCCCAAUUCCACCAGGAGAUUCUCAUCGACACCACGCCGCUCCCUAACGAUGUACCCGCCGUCAAGGAAAUUGGUUCCAGCUCUGCACCUCUAUUAUCAGCAUCCUUCUUCAUCGGCGCCCGAUGCCGCGACUACAACGAUGACUAUAUGCAGUGCAAGACGGAAAACCCUGGCCGCGGCGAGUUUGACUGUAUGAAAGAAGGACGUCGAGUUACUCGCUGUGCCCAGAGCGUCCUUUCUGAUAUAAACACGCACUGCUUGGCCGAGUUCCGCAAGCACUGGGAGUGCCUCGACGACCGAAACCAGCAGCUUUGGCAGUGCCGGCCUGCCGAGUGGAAGCUGAACAAGUGUGUCUUUGAGAACCUGAAAUUGGAAAAAAAGAUUCCCAACCAGCCCAAAAACGUCACCCCCGUCGAGCUGCGGCAAAAGCAGAUCUUUGCUGAUGUGCGAAUUGGGCCUGGCGACGGCAAGCCUUUUGUUGCAGCACAGUCCGAGACCAGGCAAUAG